CUGAGAUGGAUUUCCUUCGUUUCGCAGUUGUCUCAAGAUGAUGUAGCAGCGCUAAGAUCUCCUAGUGAAAUGAAAUGAUGAUGAUGACACGAAAGAGGCUCCAACUGUGCUGUUCCACUACAGAGGUCUUCAUUGGUAAGAUUCUCAUUAGGGUGUUUAUUCUUCCAUUGUUUAGAUGUGUAAAGACUCUCAAUGAAAGUCGGUUUGAAGAUGUGUUGUUGUUAACAGGCCAUGGUCAGAGAAUGACUGCGCCUGAUCCUCUGGGAUUUCUGUGCCACUGUGAGGUCAGGGGACGACCCCAGUGGGGACUGUGCUACAUGUUUAUCUUCAGAAUGAUAUACAAUAAUCAGAGGAGGCUAGUGGGAGGGGCUGUAGGAGGACAGGCUCGUUGUAAUGGCUUAAAUGGAAUAAAUGGAACAGUGUCCAACACAUCAAACUAAUGGAAGCCACAUGUUUGACCCCCUUCCAUUAAUUCCAUUCCAGCCAUUACAAUGAGCCUGUCUCGUGUAGCUCAGUUGGUAGAGCAUGGCGCUUUCAAUGCCAGGGUUGUGGGUAGGAUUCCCGCCGAGGACCAGUACGAAAACAGUAUGAAAAUAUAUGCACUCACUACUGUAAGUUGCUCUGGGUAAGAGUGUCCUAAAUUACUAAAAUGUAAAUGUAAGCUCCUCUUCUGACAAUAAAAUAUAUCUACUCAAUUAUUUCCUUCCUCUGAUGUUUCCAGAAACAAUAUCUCUCUCAUGGUCACUCAAUGCAUAGGUUUACCUCCACUGUAUUCACAUCCUACCAUACCUUUGUCUGUGCAUUAUGCCUUGAAUCUAUUCUACCGUGCCCAGAAACGUGCUCCUUUUACUCUCUGUUCCGAACGUACUAGACAACCAGUUCUUCUAGCCUUUAGUCGUACCCUUAUCCUACUCCUUCUCUGUUCCUCUGGUGAUGUAGAGGUUAAUCCAGGCCCUGCAGUGCCUAGCUCCACUCCCAUUCCCCAGGCACUCUCAUUUGUUGACUUCUGUAACCGUAAAAGCCUUGGUUUCAUGCAUGUUAACAUUAGAAGCCUCCUCCCUAAGUUUGUUUUAUUAACUGCUUUAGCACACUCUGCCAACCCGGAUGUCCUAGCCGUGUCUGAAUCCUGGCUUAGGAAGACCACCAAAAACCCUGAAAUUUCCAUCCCUAACUAUAACAUUUUCCGACAAGAUAGAACUGCCAAAGGGGGCGGAGUUGCAAUCUACUGCAGAGAUAGCCUGCAGAAUUCUGUCUUACUAUCCAGGUCUGUGCCCAAACAAUUUGAGCUUCUCCUUUUAAAAAUCCACCUUUCCAGAAACAAGUCUCUCACCGUUGCUGCUUGCUAUAGAGCACCCUCUGCCCCCAGCUGUGCCCUGGACACCAUAUGUGAAUUGAUUGUUCCCCAUCUAUCUUCAGAGCUUGUGCUGUUAGGUGACCUAAACUGUGACAUGCUUUACACCCCGGCCAUCCUACAAUCUAAGCUUGAUGCCCUCAAUCUCACACAAAUUAUCAAUGAACCUACCAGAUACAACCCCAAAUCCGUAAACACGGGCACCCUCAUAGAUAUCCUAAUCAACCUGCCCUCCAAAUACACCUCUGUUGUCUUUAACCAGGAUCUCAGUGAUCACUGCCUCAUUGGCAGUGGCACUGCCUCAAACACUUCAGCGAGCAGGCCUUUCUAAUCGACCUGGCCCGGGUAUCCUGGAAGGAUAUUGACCUCAUUCUGUCAGUAGAGGAUGCCUGGUUAUUCUUUAAAAAUGCUUUCCUCACCAUCUUAAAUAAGCAUGCCCCAUUCAAAAAAUGUAGAACCAGGAACAGCUAUAGCCCUUGUUUCACUCCAGACCUGACUGCCCUUGAUCAGCACAAAAACAUCCUGUGGCGUACUGCAUUAGCAUCGAAUAGCUCCCGCGAUAUGCAACUUUUCAGGGAAGUUAGGAACCAAUAUACACAGGCAGUUAGGAAAGCAAAGGCUAGCUUUUUCAAACAGAAAUUUGCAUCUUGUAGCACAAUCUCCAAAAAGUUCUGGGACACUAAAGUCCAUGGAGAAUAAGAGCACCUCCUCCCAGCUGCCCACUGCACUGAGGCUAGGAAACACUGUCACUACCGAUAAAUCCACGAUAAUUGAGAAUUUCAAUAAGCAUUUUUCUACAGCUGGCCAUGCUUUCCACCUGGCUACCCCUACCCUGGUCAACAGCCCUGCACACCCCACAGCAACUUGCCCAAGCCUGGUUUAAAUGAAGAUAUGGAUUUACAAACUACAGGCCGCUAAGUACCCUGGUUUAAAUUAAGAUAUGGAUUUACAAACUACAGGCCACUAAGUACCCUGGUUUAAAUGAAGAUAUGGAUUUCUCACCUUUCCUGUAGGGUCGUGAUAGGUCCAUUUGCUGUCAUCUAGUGGACAUUUUGCUCUAUUGUCCUCAGCUAUGUUUAGACUGCUGUGGUCCAUGUUUGCUGUGUUCUAGUGUACUAUAAAAUAGAUGUCUCUCCUAUUCUUAGCACUUUGCCCAGUCAUAUUCAAGGUUAGAACUACCUUUCUAUGG